AUGUCAUUGAAUGAUCCAUAUGGCCUAUUUCAUCUGGAGCUUAAUGAAGUGUCCGACCUAAGAAGAUCAAAGCCCUCGCGUUCCUGUCCAGUAGAUCCAACGACGGAAUGGUUAAAUAUGGGAUACUGGAAGAAGGAGAACGCGGCUCAGAAAACUUUCCCCCAAGCCUGUGAAGCACUUGCAUUAAAGUUGAUAGAUAUUGGGUCUUGCAGAGUUGAUGGCAAUGUUUUGGAUGUUGGCCAUGGGACUGGCGAGUCUCUGUUACUCCAACUAUCCCAUCCCGCUGUGCCUCCCCCCUCCCGCUUGACAGGGAUAACGUCUCUCAAGGUUCAUUACGAGCGGUCCCUCUGUCGUGUCAGACGGUUGCAAGACUCUCUACCAAACACCAAGACAGAAGUGUGCUUAUAUCAUGGCGACGCCAUUUAUCGUCCUGGUGCAGUCAACCAUCCGCUAGAUCCAGAUUCUACAGGACCAUUAUACACCACGAUUCUCGCACUAGAUUGUGCCUACCAUUUCCAAACUCGCAAUGACUUUCUAAGCCAGGCCUUUCGAUGUCUCGCCUCUGGAGGCCAUGUCGCGCUGGCUGACAUAUGCUUUACUCCGCCCUCACUUCAAUCUUGGAGCUCACAGUGCCUGUUUUUUAUUCUUCGCCUAGUGCCGAAACAAAACAUCAUAUCGACUGAACAGUACGUUCGAGCAAUGACCUCAAUUGGUUAUGUUGAUGUAGAGCUCGAAGAUAUUACCGACGAUGUUUUUCCUGGUUUCACGGGCUUCUUGUCGACUCGUGGGCUGCGAUGGUUCCUCCUUGCACUGGUUCUGAGAUGCUACGCAUAUGCAGGCGCACGGUUCGUUCUUGUCAGUGGUACAAAAUCCUGA